CUCCAAACGCGCCCGGACUGGCGAAGGCCCGUCCCCCUCCGUCCGUCCUCACCGGGUGGUCCGUGUGGCCGGGGACCUGCAACCAUGGCGGAGCUGCUGUGCUGGACCGACUACUGGGUCUACCGGGAGUGUUGCAGCGUCCAAGCCUAUGGACCCCAAGGAUUGGACCUUUGCUUCUCACAGGGCUUUUUCUCCUUCGAGCGCUGCUGUCCACAUCCGCUCUUCCGCAAGCUGCCGGAACCGGGUCAGGAGGUACAGGUUCUGGAGGGGCCAUGGCAAGAUCACCAUCCCGGCUGUGAUGCCACCUUUCCUUGGGCUCCAGCUGCUUUGAUGCCUGCUCUCCUCCACGGCCCUGCAUAUCACCCACACACCGGCGAACUCAUGCAUGACCUGUUGCCCGCGACCUCGGAACGCUGGUCCAAGGCUGCUGGGCUGGGCCGCGAGGAUGAGGCAAGUCAAAGAGAGGCUAGAGAGAAGCGAGUGAGGCAAGAACUCAGCAAGAGAUGGGAAACGCUAAGCUUUCGAACCUUUACCACCAGAGCGGCUGACUACUACGAGAACGGCACCUGGGAUAUCGAAAUGGUGGCCUUACUCACCCAGAUCAUCUCCAACUUUGCCUUCAGCCUUGCUGAGUGUCCUCCAGCUGUAUUGCUUGCUGGGCUCUUGAAGGCUGAGUCGCUUUUUGAUGUAGAUCUGCCUGCUGCCAGGCGCUUUGCUCGGAAUCUUCGGCAUUUGGCGGAGAGUGCGAAGUUCCAUGGCCGUUGGAGAUGGAACUCCAAGGAAGACCAUCCAAGUUGGGAGAAGGUGCUCAUCGCUGCCAUGGAACGUGUGCGGCAGCUGGAAGAGAGUCGUUUUGCUCCAGCUCAACCCUGGUUGGCGGACAUGGUGAUUCCAUUGUGUUCACCCAAAGAGAUCCACGCCGUGAACUCCGGCCUCGCAUUACUGGGCCGAUCUCUACCACCCCGGAUGGAUGAUGCAGAUGGUUGGCCUCCAGACAGCCAAAAAGCACACAGGGCGAAGGAGUACAACCGGCUGCGGGGUCACUGGAGACACGCCAAGUUUAGAGUGUUCAUUUACAUGGUUUGUGGCACCUUUGGCUUGUUGGGCAAACACAUCGAGCCGGACGCCUCCGUGCCCGAAGCGGACGUGGCCAGGCUGGCCAAGGGCAUUUUUGCAGAUCUGCCAGAGGAGUUGUUGAGACUCUUUACCGCAGGACGAAGUGUUCGAAGCGUGGCAGUUGACAUCCUGAAACCUCAACUUCAUCUGGCUGUGCUUGAAGAAGAGGUUCCCACUGGAGAUGCAGCUGUAUAUUUACAUCAUCUAGCACGGGCAUCGGCAGCCAAGAACUUGGGCAAUAUCACUCUCCUGUUGCAUCCAGAUUUUCUAGAACACAUUCGGUCAUGGAAAGUAUCCACACUCUUUCAGGCACUGGUGAGUGGUUCCUGGCCACAGCAUGUGGACUUUCUAUAUCUUGGCUGGAGACAUGAAGGGCCUGUCACUGCAGAGGGUCGAGUAGCAUCACAUUUGAGGUACCAUUGUGAUGUGGAGCCAUGGAAAGGUGGCAAGAUCGGCCCCUGCGACAGUGGCUACAAUCCGAUUUUGCUGCAAAAUUUGUGGCGCAUGGCGUUCGGCCGCAAGUUGGAUCCUGUUGGUGGAGAUGACUUGGGUGGCUACGAUUUCUCCCAACUUCUGGUGACGCGCCGCGCCAUCUCACGCCGCUCCCCGGCGUACUGGCGCUACUUGUCGCAGGUGAUUUCGGCUCGCGCCUCCUUCGAGCUUCUGCCGGGCACGAGGGGCUUUAUUUCGAGAAGGACCGACUUGUCUGUGAAUGAUCCCUUCAACAAGGGCGUUUGCGCCUGGUUCGAACACAUUUGGCACAUGCUCUUUGAUCCAAGCUUCUUCCCUGACGAUGCCGACAAGGAGUCCGACUUACGUUACUUCACACAGUUGCACGAUCGGAGGCUUCCGCUGGGAUUACGUGCAGGUCCUGAUACAGUUAUGGGUAGACACUACUGGUUCUCUGCGAAGGAACAAUGCAAGGCUCUUAAGGAUGAGCAGGGAUGUCGAAUUCUCAAGCUGCAAGAUGAUUGGCGCCGGCAAACACUGAAGCCAUCCGCUGAGAUGCAACCGCCCUGAGACGAAGCCGCAGCGCAACCCGCAGACGCGCCGCAUGGCUCUGUUUGGACCGAAGUGCCGGUGCGGUUGGCCCCAAGCGUGAGAAGGCAGCCGAAUUCUUGACCUGCCGGAUCCAGGAUUUCAUUUGCUUGGAGAAAGCUUUGGAUGAAGAUCCUUUGGCUUUCUUGGCUCAUACUGCUUCAGACCCACAAGCCAAGCAAAUCUCGAUGGAUAUUGUGUGCUCCUGGCUGGUGCUUGAAGACUAUCUUCCAUGCAAAGCGCAUCCCAGAUCCCAUGAGCUCCUGGAGCUUCGCGAAGGUGAUGCGGUCCUCGUGAUGAUGUCCUCGUUCUGAGACCUCAUCUUUGGAAAAAGGAUAAGGAUAAGUAAGGAAAAGAUUGAGAGGAAAAAGGAUAAGUGAGAGAAGGUGCCGUCUCCCUGCCAAGUAAGUCUGAUUGAACAUGAUUUUCUCAAUGUACACGAGACACAUCGAGACACAUCGAGACACCAAGACACAAACGUUGGCUUUGGAGAUCCAGGUUCGAUCCAGGUUGGAGCAGGACUUCAGACUUCCCAAGCAAAUCUCGAUGGAUAUGAUUUGCUCCUGGCUGCUUAGAGCGAACCAUCGGUAGCAGAUCCCCCACGAUCCCGGUGCUGCGGUCCCCGAGUCGGCCGAGUCAGCUCUAGGUGAGGCACCCUCAACGGGAACAGGGCUACGAAGCGGAUGGUGUUUUCGUCCAGAAGUGUCUGGAAAAUCUUCAAGGACCUAACGGAAGGCGUGGCCAAGCCUGGUCGAUGAGAGCGAAGUAAAGCAGGAUGGGAAUGGUCUGGAUUGGUUGUCGCAUCAUGUCGCAUCAGCAUCACCCUACAAACGGUGACAUUACAGGCAUUGUUUCUUUGAGUUCAAAA